CUGUGCUGACUGUAGCAGGAAGUGGACACGGCAUGGUGAUGACUGCAGGCUGCUGGUAGAUGACAGAUGGCGACAAUAGACAGAGAGGUUGCUGCCCGGGUGGUGCUUCAGCAGUGUUUACACGCCAGGUUGCAGGUUAAACCUCAGGAUGAAGACUCUGAUGCUGAAUGGGCGGAAAUACAAAGGGGUAUGGUUGUGUAUGUCUGCUUUUUUAAAGGAUCAACAAAAGAUUUAAUUCCAAAAAUGGUGAGCUCUCUACUAAAUGUGAAAUUGAGUGAAUCUGAUUCUGGAAAACACGUGUCCAUCACAGAACUCCCAGGAGAUGUACUUAUUGUUCCUCAGGCUACACUUGGAGGAAAGUCAAAGGGCCGCUGCAUGCAGUAUCAUUCAAAUGCAGACAAGGAGCUGGGCAUGAAGUUAUAUGCCCUUCUCAUAGCUCAGUACCAGAAGGAACUAGAAGCUCAUCCCCAAUGGUCAGAGUCUGGUACUGUGCUGCGUUAUGGAACUUAUGGAAACAGGCAGGUUUUGACGCUUGACACUAAUGGACCCUAUACACACUUACUGGAAUUCUGAAUAUUUACUAACACAAUAUAGAAACAGCACUUAACUUAUAUAAGUGAAAAUUCACACGACAGAUUUUACAGUGGAAUUUUGGUGUGGACUGCCACGCUGAAAAACCACCUGCGGCAUUGUCCUGUCUGCCUCCCAUACAUCUCAAUCGGAGGCAGCUCUGAUAUAUCCCUUCUUGGUGAGGCUGAGCCUUAAAGAGGACCUUUCAUCAAUUUAGCCCUAGUCUAAUUAUGGUCUUACCUUAUAGGGCGGCCCCAACUGAUGCCAUGGCAUUUUAUUUUUUUUCCAAAGACCCCCCCCGCACCCCGUUCAUCCGCCGUUGGCCGCGUUGAUUUUGGCGCUUUAUAUUAUAAG